GCACAUUGUUCACAUUGGACCUUGAUAAGAGAGGAGAGGAUGUCACUUAAAGAAUUAAGUUUUAUUGAUAGAGAGAAGAUAGAGGACGCUCGCAGAAACUUGGAAGGAAUAGUGACAAAAUCUCCCUUAUUAAAGUUGAACACCACAUUUAUACGCCACAGUGAGUACAAUUUAGAGGGGAAAAAAAUCUAUAUCAAAUUGGAAAAUUUACAAGAUGUCGGCUCCUUCAAAAUUCGAGGAGCAGUAAAUGCUUUAAGACAGAAGAAAUUAAAUUCUGUUCAGGGGGUCUACACUUGCAGCGUAGGCAAUUUCGCUCACGCGUUAGCCUACGGCUCAUCAAAACUUGGCGUUCCUUGCAGUGCAGUUGUUCCACCAAACUAUUCUAAGCAAAAAAUUAUGGGAGCAAAAGCUUUCGGAGCAUCAAUAAAAGUAGUAGAAUUUGAUGAAUUUUGGCAAGCAAUGUCUACUGGCGACAUAUCUGGUAUUGACGGAACAUUUAUCCAUCCUGUGUGCGAUGAAGAUGUUAUAGCAGGACAUGGGACAAUAGGCUUAGAAAUAUUAGAGGAUUUGCCUGACGUUAAUCAGAUAAUAGUACCAUUUGGCGGUGGAGGCCUUGCGUGUGGGAUAGCUUCGGCUGUAAGAGGUUAUAAUGUAAAAGUAACACCUUGUGAAGUGGAUGUAGCGGCACCGCUUAAGGCAUCUCAAUUAGCUGGUAAACCUACAACUUGUAAAUCACACACAGUAAACUUCGUAGAUGGAAUGUCUGGAACGAGAGUGUUUGACCCUAUGUGGAAUUUGAUAAACAAUCUUUUAGAGGACUCAAUAGCUUUAAGCUUAGAAAGUAUCGCGGGCGCUAUGAAAAUUUUAGCCGAGGGCAAUCGAGUGAUAGCAGAAGGAGCUGGAGCAGCACCAAUUGCGGCUGCAUUAUCGGAACAAACGGCUCCAGGAAAUAUCGUAUGUGUCGUUUCUGGAGGCAAUAUCGAUUUGAAUAAGUUUUGCACUGCAAUGAGUGGUAUCGUUCCAGAAUAGGUUUGAUUAUCAUGCAAUAGAAUACGUCAAAAAUAUCAGCCAUUACUUAAAAAUAAAUUGAUAUAUCGAAAAUAUACUUGGAAGAUAGAUUACUUAACUUACCGAGGUAAUUAAAAAAUCCCACUUCCUCUGAGUGUAUUCUCCUUACCAAAAAGGAUAUUACUCUUUCGAAAAAAUUAGUUCCUCUUGUGCUUACAAUUCGCUGAAGAUUCAAAAGAGAAAAGAAAUGUUCGCCUCCUAUCGAGAGAAAAAUUACAUACAGCGCACUCGGAAUUUUUCGGGUGUCCUUCCAUCUGAUCAGAUUUACAGGGCUUUACGUUAAAAUUUUAAAAAAUUUUAUUUUUAUUUAUCAACACUCCCUCUUCACCUAUUGUUAAAUAAUAUUCAGUGCAAAUUGUACAAUAUCACUGAGUUACCUUACUGGAUCAGUGCUAUUAGCUGCAGGAAAUAUUGAUGCACUCGUCAAAACAUUUUUUCGUUGAGAGGAAACUAUCAUACCUAAAAAAAAAUUUAAUUUCGCACGAAAAGCGUCAAUUGUAUUUUUCUAUAAUUCUACUUUUACUUAUGUUUUUGCGGCGCCCUGAAAUUUUUAAGUUAUCCUAACUUUCUUUACUCCUAUACACUUUAUUUUUAUAAUCAUACAGCUUUUAGACGUGUUGAGCUUCAGGAAACUAGAUAAAUAAAGCGGAGUGCUUGGAAAACGCAGGCCUAUUUGCUUUUACCAAUAUAUAAAUCGUUUUAUACGCAGUAAGGUGUCCUUUUGCCAUUUCAAUCUAUAAAUCUUUCCUCUGUUAGUUGAAUUUUCUUUAUCUUAAUCAGAAUCCUAUAAUAGUUUCAUUAAGCGCAUAAAAUAUUACGCUUAUUUGUAUAAUGAAACGGCAAAAACCGGUAUUUUUCUUUAGUUUGUGUUUGUUGAAGGAUAUAUUUUGUGUAUCAUGACACCAUUGCCUUUAUUAAUAACUGGCUUGUGCCCAGCAGCCAUAAUUA